CAUUUCUCUUAAAGUCAACAGACAAACUCAAAAGAUUGCAAAAUGGAACAAAAAACAACAGCAAUCUUAACUCUUUGUUUUGUAAUUUUUCUUUCUGUUUCUUCCAAAUCCGACGCUACCAAUGUUUUACUUCCCACCCACGACGGCAUGCACAUGGACCCCCCGCCGCCGCCGAUAGCUCCGACGAGCAGAGGGUCCGGCGAUGACAUGCACACUCACGAUAUGAUGUCAUCGGCCAUGCACAUGACUUUCUUCUGGGGGAAAAACACACAAGUUUUGUUUUCCGGCUGGCUGGCCGGAUCGGUCGGCAUGUAUGCAGUGGCGCUGGUGUUCGUCUUUUUGCUGGCGGUGGCGGUCGAGUGGCUGUCGUGUUGGCGGAUGAUGACGGAGGUAGGGCCGAGAAAUGUGGCGGCCGGAAUCGUGCAGACGGCGGUACAUGGGAUAAGAAUGGGGAUUGCGUAUUUGGUGAUGCUUGCUUUGAUGUCGUUCAACGGUGGUGUUUUUAUCGUGGCCGUCGCCGGACAUAUGGUUGGGUUUUUGGUUUUUGGAAGCAGAGUUGUGAAGAAGGAGAAAUCAUCGGCGUACGAUCAGGGAACUGUCGAUCUUCCAUCUAGGGUUUGCUGACUAAUUAUACAUUUGAUCAUAAUUUGUUACAUUGUGCUUGUAAACGAUUCAAGUGAACUAAUUUUGGUUAUUUUGGAUCUAAUAUUCUCUUUUUUAUUUGAAA